AAAAAUAGCCCGAGUCCGAACUGUACGAAACCCCCCACUUCACGUUUCAGAUUCUAAGAAGCUGACUUGACUCGAAAAUCGAAGUAACAAAUAAAAAAGCGAGAGAGACCGAAGGAAAAGCAAAAAAUAUCUUUGAGCAGGAGGUCGUUCCUUUUUCUCAACUUAAUCGGAUUGCUGAACUUCCGUGUCUUUGCUUCAGUCAGCCUCUCUGCAUCGGUCAUUGUCUCUUUCUCAUGGCGGAUCGUGGAUCGUACGGAUUGGGUCCUCGAUUAGAUAUACAGGAAUUACAAUUAGAAGCCCAACAUCGAUGGUUGAGACCUGCUGAAAUCUGUGAAAUUCUUCGCAAUUCUCAGAAAUUCCAUAUCUCUUCAGAGCCACCUAACAGACCACCAAGUGGUUCACUUUUUCUUUUCGAUAGGAAGGUGUUAAGAUACUUUAGAAAGGAUUGUCAUAAUUGGAGGAAGAAAAAGGAUGGAAAAACUGUUAAGGAAGCUCAUGAGAAGCUGAAGGUUGGAAGUGUUGAUGUACUUCAUUGCUACUAUGCCCAUGGUGAAGAGAAUGAGAACUUUCAAAGGCGCUGUUACUGGAUGCUUGAGCAGGAGCUAAUGCACAUAGUUUUUGUUCACUACUUGGAAGUUAAGGGUAACAGAGCGCAUGGCAGUCCUUUGAAUUUUAGCUUUCAGCAAAAUCAUAGCAUAGAGCGUUCAGGAAACACGGAUUCAACAAGCCCAACCAGUACUCUAUCAUCACUAGGUGAAGAUGCUGAUUCAGAGGACAUCCACCAAGCAAGUUCCAGACGCCACUCUUCUCCCGAAUCGCUUCAAAUUCAAAUGCAGAAAAGUACAAUGAUGGACACUAUAAAUGCUGGCCUCAAACACUCUUCUUCUAUGCAUCCUAGCUCAGUAGGCCGUGUUGCACCUCAUGUGGAUGGACCUAGAAAUAAUGAUGGUGAUACUCGAAUAAUGGAGUCUCAAAAUUUAGCUUCUUGGGAGGAUAUUUUUGAGCAGUGUACAAAGGGAUCUGAGAAUCUACCUUCUCAUGUAACUGUGUCUUCUAACCAACCUGCUAGCAUGGGAGCCAUGCUUGAAGGAGAGAAUGUGUUCUUAGGAGAGCUUUUAGCAGGGGGAACUGCUGUUAGGUCUAUGCCUAGCGAAUCCAGCUGGCAGAUUCCAUUUGAAAAUGGUUCCGUGCAUUUCUCUGGGCACUCCAUGGACCCACUGUCGAAUUUGGAGCUGGGAUAUGAUUUCGAGACCAGUAUCUUUGAACAAGGACCACAUCUUGCAAAUAUGCAGAAUAUGUUCGAGCCAUUUUAUAAUUGCACCGCUCAGGAGAAUGAGCACGCCCUUCGAAGACAGCUUGUGGAUGCAGGAGCGAUUGCAACAAAAUCAAAUUCCAAGAAUGAUAUGACCCCGGAAGGAAACCUCAACUACACGUUAAUUGUAAAACAAUCAUUGUUAGAUGGAGAAGGCGGCUUGAAAAAGGUUGACAGUUUCUCUCGGUGGGUUGAUAAAGAACUUGUGGAGGUUGAUGAUUUGCAGAUGCAGUCCUCAUCUGGCAUUACAUGGGGCACUGUUGAAUGUGGAGAUGUAGUUGGUGAGUCCUCACUGAGUCCCUCUCUCUCCCAGGACCAGCUUUUCAGCAUUGUUGAUUUUUCACCAAAGUGGACCUAUACAGACUCGGAAUCUGAGGUUCUCAUCACUGGAACAUUUUUGAGGGGUCAAGAGGUGGCAAAAUAUAACUGGUCAUGCAUGUUUGGUGAAGUGGAGGUUCCAGCGGAGGUUCUGGGAGAUGGUAUUCUUUGUUGCCAUGCCCCACCUCAUAAAGAUGGAAGAGUUCCUUUGUAUGUGACCUGUUCCAACAGGUUUGCUUGUAGUGAGGUGCGAGAAUUUGAUUAUUGUUUGGGCUCUGCUAAAGAUGUUGAUGUCAGGGAUAUAUAUGGUGGAAGUACAGAUGAAAUGCUUCUUCACAUGCAACUUGUGAGGUUACUAUCUCAGAGAUCUUCUCCAAAUAAUCUCUUUGAAGAUGUGAAGGAGAAGCAAAACUUAAUUAGAAAAAUUAUGUUGUUAAGGGAUGAAGAGGAAAGUUACCCCAUGGUAGAACAAGUAUCGCAGAAGGAUUCGUAUCAACACAACGUGAAAGAGCAUAUCUUUCAGGGGCGGAUGAAAGAGAAGUUGUACUCGUGGCUCUUCCGUAAAGUAAUUGAAGGUGGUAAAGGGCCUAGUGUAUUAGAUGUUGAUGGACAAGGUGCAUUGCAUUUAGCAGCUGCUCUUGGUUAUGAUUGGGCUAUAAAACCAAUUGUAACUGCUGGAGUUAGUAUCAAUUUCCGUGAUGCAAAUGGAGGGACUGCACUCCAUUGGGCUGCCUUCUGUGGCAGAGAGCAGACAGUUGCUGUCCUUGUUUCUUUGGGUGCGGCACCUGGAGCAUUGACAGAUCCGUCUCCAGAAUUUCCUUUGGGCAGACCACCUGCAGACCUUGCUUCUGACAAUGGACACAAAGGGAUUUCAGGUUUUCUUGCGGAGGUUUCGUUGACCAGCUAUCUUUCAUCCCUUACUAUGAAUGAUCCCAAAGAAGAUGGUGCACAGGAGGUCUCAGGAACAAAAGCUGUGCAAACUGUUGCAGAGCGGACCACCACUCCUGUUAACUACGGUGAUGUCCCAGAUGCACUAUCACUGAAGGAUUCACUUACUGCUGUCUGUAAUGCCACCCAAGCAGCUAAUCGCAUACACCAAGUAUUUAGGUUGCAAUCGUUUCAGCGGAAACAAAUAACUGAGUAUGAGGAUGAUGAAUUUGGCCUGUCAGAGGAGCUUGCUCUUUCAGUUGUAGCUGCAAAGUCACGAAAGCCUGAUGGUAUGGCUCAUUCUGCUGCAAUACGCAUCCAAAAAAAGUUUCGUGGAUGGAAGAAGAGAAAAGAAUUCCUGAUAAUCCGACAAAGAAUUGUAAAAAUUCAGGCCCAUGUGAGGGGACACCAAGUAAGGAAACAAUAUAGAGCAAUUACCUGGUCAGUAGGAAUUCUGGAGAAGGUAAUAUUGCGCUGGAGGAGGAAAGGGAGUGGUUUGCGGGGAUUUCGACGAGAUGCAUUUCCUGAUCCACCUUGCUUGUCCUCAAAAGAGGAUGAUUAUGAUUUUCUCAAGGAAGGAAGAAAACAGACUGAGGAAAGGUUACAAAAAGCACUCACCAGGGUGAAGUCCAUGGUUCAGUAUCCUGAGGGAAGAGCUCAAUACCGCAGGCUGCUAACUGUAGUAGAAGGGUUCCGUGAAUCAAAGGUCUCUGAUACGGUAUUGACGAAUUCUGAAGGGACAGCAGAUGAAGAAGAAUUUACCAAUAUUGAUUCGCUUUUGGACGAUGACAAUUUCAUGGUCUAUAGCAUUUGAAUGAACAACCCCUGUAACAUAACUGAUUUGCUCCAUGUACAUAGGUGGGCGUGGAUCACUUCAUUGCAGAGCAUUAUGAAGAGCCCAACUUCAUUUCGUCUGUAUGUAUGAUAUCUAAUCAAAGCAGCAAAUAUUCCAUGAUAGAAUUGAAGGUUUGCGGGCACAUCAAAUACUAAUGUAAUGGUACACUUUUUUUUAGAAUCUCUACUACUUUAAAUUAUGUUAGUAUUCAGUUUUAGCGCUCGAGUUAUGGGGCUUGUAUAAAAAUUACUUCAAAUGGAAGAAAUGGAAGAAUAGCAGUAAUUAUUGGUAACUUAGAAUUUCUUAGUCAUUGUAUGGGUUCAAAGAUUUGUGUAAUUGUGUACGUGUAUUGAUAAUUUGAUAUUGGGUAGCACUAUUAAAACCCUCCCUAUUUUAAACCCCUA